AUGGCUUCCUCUUCUCUCCUCAGAUCUACCUCCGCCUCCACGGUUGCUGCUCCUCGCGCUGACUUUUUCUCGUCGCCGGCGAUUGAUCAUUCUAAGGUGUCGUCAAGUCUUGGAAUCAAUCGUAGCCUGAAAUCAUCAAGAUUUCGUGGUGCUGCAAUUGCUACUAGGCCAAGAAGUGUGCAACCCAUCAAGGCAACAGCUACCCAAGUGCCACCUGCAAUUCAAAGGUCAGGUAGCAGCGGAAAGACAAAAGUUGGGAUCAAUGGUUUUGGUCGGAUUGGAAGGUUGGUACUCCGCAUUGCAACAUCCAGGGAUGAUAUUGACGUUGUGGCAGUGAAUGACCCAUUCAUUGAUGCCAAGUACAUGGCUUACAUGCUGAAGUAUGAUUCUACUCAUGGGAAUUUCAAGGGAAUCAUCAACGUCAUUGAUGAUUCUACUUUGGAGAUCAAUGGGAAGACGGUCAAUCUUGUUAGCAAGAGAGAUCCAGCUGAGAUCCCAUGGGCUGAUCUUGGAGCUGAUUAUGUUGUUGAGUCUUCGGGUGUAUUCACCACCCUGGGAAAGGCUGCAUCUCAUUUGAAGGGUGGUGCAAAGAAAGUAAUAAUUUCUGCCCCUUCAGCUGAUGCACCAAUGUUUGUUGUUGGGGUAAAUGAGAAGACAUACCUACCAAACAUGGAUAUAGUCUCCAAUGCAAGUUGUACCACCAAUUGUCUUGCACCUCUUGCCAAGGUGGUGCAUGAGGAAUUUGGUAUUCUUGAAGGCUUGAUGACAACUGUCCACGCAACCACAGCUACUCAGAAAACUGUUGAUGGACCAUCAAGCAAGGACUGGAGAGGAGGCCGUGGUGCUAGUCAAAACAUCAUUCCUAGCUCAACUGGUGCUGCAAAGGCUGUAGGUAAAGUUCUUCCAGAACUGAAUGGGAAACUUACGGGAAUGGCCUUCCGUGUACCAACACCGAACGUUUCUGUAGUGGAUUUAACUUGUCGACUUGAGAAGGGUGCCUCUUACGAAGAUGUUAAAGCAGCCAUCAAGUUUGCUUCAGAAGGACCUCUUAGAGGUAUUCUCGGGUACACAGAUGAAGAUGUCGUCUCCAAUGAUUUCGUGGGUGAUUCAAGGUCAAGUAUCUUCGAUGCCAACGCCGGGAUUGGAUUGAGCAAGUCCUUUGUGAAACUUGUCUCUUGGUACGACAAUGAAUGGGGUUACAGCAACCGAGUGCUUGACCUUAUCGAGCACAUGGCUUUGGUAGCAGCCAGCCGCUAA